AUGCACCUCAGAGGGGUGGUUGGCCGCUGCCUGGCUGCCUACCCGCUACCCCUCUUCUCUCCCUAUCAUUCCACCCCCUCUCCCCCCGCACUUCCCCCUCAGGUGCCUCCCAGGUGUCGCUGGUGGCGCACUCAGCAGGCGGGUGGCUGGCCUCUCCUGACUGCCUACCCGCUACCCCCCUCUCUCCCUAUCACCCCACCCCCUCACCCCCCGCACUUCCCUCUUAGGCGCCUCCCAAGUGUCGCUGGCGCGUCCCAGGUGUCGCUGGUGGCGCACACAGCAGGCGGGUGGCUGGCCUCUGCAUGA